AUUAUCGAGAUAGUUUUGGAUUGCAUUGAUCAUUGCGCUCUUAUGCAAAGGAUGCGAGAUGAUGGUGCAGGCGCUUUGUCAUCGUUUCUGGGAACCACUAGAAAUACUUUUACUGAUGGUAAACAAGUUCAGAUGCUUUCAUACGAGGCAUACAUACCCAUGGCAGUCAAGCAAAUGCAGAGUAUUGCAGCCAAGACUAGAGCCAUGUACACGUCCAUUAUGCAUAUUGCAAUUGUGCAUAGAAUUGGUCAGGUUCCUGUUGGACAGGCUAGUAUAGUAGUGAUUGCUUCAUCUCCUCAUAGACGAGAUGCAAUUGAGGCGGUUGCUUGGAUUAUGGAUGAAGUCAAAGCAACUGUUCCUAUUUGGAAAAUGGAGAUAUAUACAGACGGCAGUAUGUGGAAAGAAAAUGCAGAA